AUGGCGGCUCUAGAUGGGGCUUCCUCCACCUUCACCUUCACAACUGGAUUUUCUAGCUAUGAUGUGUUCCUCAACUUCAGGGGCGAAGAUACUCGUAAUAGCUUCACUAGCUUCCUUAACUUAAUUAUGAAAGACAAGGGAAUCAAUGUUUUUAUUGAUAGCGAAAAUCUCUGGACUGGUGAAGCCAUUGGACCCUCCUUGCUUAAAGCAAUCGAUGGCUCCAAAAUCUCUAUCCCUGUCUUCUCACAAGGAUAUGCCAACAGCAAAUGGUGCCUUCUGGAACUUGCUCAGAUUCGUCAAUGCCAUAUAUCCAACGGUCAACUGGUCUUGCCCAUAUUCUUUUACGUUGAUCCAUCCCAUGUUCGGAAUCAGAUCGGAAGUUUUGAAGAAGCAUUUCGAGAGCACAAGAAGAAUUUUGAGCCCCAUAUUGUAGAUAGUUGGAGGAAAGCUUUGAGAGUGGUGGGGAGUUUGAAAGGAGAAGUUAUUGACAAAAAUACGGACCAAGGAAAGAUUGUUGAAUUAGUUAUCAGAAGGAUUCUGGAUGAAUUGGUCAGUAACACGCAUUUGGAUGAAUGCAAAUACCCUAUUGGUAUAGAUUCUCGUGUUAAGGAAAUGUUAUCUUUAUUAAGUAUGAGUUCCGAUGAUGUUCAGUUCAUAGGAAUCUGUGGUUCCCGUGGCAUUGGGAAGACGACCAUUGCUAAGAUUGUCUAUAAUCGCAUCCUUUCAAACUUCAAGAAAUAUAGUUUUAUUUCAGAUGUUAGCAAACAAGCAAUGCAAUGCAUGGGGCUUGUGUCUUUGCAGAAACGACUUCUUAAAGAUAUCUUCAAAAUAGACCUUGACGUAGGUCAUUAUCAUAAAGGGAAAAAAUUGAUAGAACACCAUCUUUGCAAAGAAAAGGUUCUUCUUGUCCUUGAUGAUGUGGACAAUAAAGAACAGGUAGAUGCUUUAGCCGGUGAACUCAAUUGGUUUGGUCAAGGAAGUAGGGUCAUUAUAACAACCACUAAUGAACAUAUCUUGAAUGUGGCAAAAGUUGUUAAAGAUAAAAUCUGUUGGCUUCAAAGGCUGGACCGUGAGGAAUCUCUUGAACUAUUUAGUUUGCAUGCAUUUUCCAUGGAUGAACCUCCUCAAGAGUAUAUGCAACUUUCACAUGAUAUAAUACGUUAUUCGGAAGGAUUGCCUUUAAUUCUCGAGAUGUUGGGGUCUUACUUAUCCAACAUAAAUAGCAAAGAAGAGUGGAAAAGUACGCUGCGAAAAUUAAAAGGAGAUAAAGCUUCUAUCUCCAAUCUUGGAUCUUUUCUUGCAUCUUUACGUAGGCAGAGAGAAAAAACGUGCCCUAUGAAAGACAAUCCCGUUGGUUCUCACCCACUAUAUAAUGGAACUACCGGAAUCAACAACACUGUUGCUAGAGUUUCUAAAGUCCUCGGAGGAUGUCUGGAUCUAAGUGGCUACGCAACUACCGAUAGAGUUGGUAAGAGGUUCACAAUGGCAGAGAACCAAGCUGAAUUAUCUAAAUUCACCGAAGAUAAUCUAAAUCCAAAUGGCUCCACAGCUAUUGAUAGAGAUGAUAAUAAUUUGUUUCCAGUGGCAGAGAACCAAGCUGAACUAUUGUCUAAAUUCAUCGGAGGAAGUCCGAAUCCAAAUUGCUCCACAGCUAUUGAUAGAAUUGAUAAUAAUUUGUUUCAAGUGGCAGAGAAGCAAGAUGAACUAUUAUUUGAAUUCACCCGGGGAAGUCUGAAUCCAAAUGGUACAAAAACUAUUGAUAGAGAUGGUAAUAAUUUGUUCACAAAAGCAGAGAUUCGAGCUGCAACAAAGAAUUUUGAUAACUCAUUGGUGAUCGGAGAGGGUGGCUUUGGUACAGUUUACAAGGGCGUCCUAUAUGAUGGUACUCAGGCAGCAUUCAAGCGUGCCCAUCUGCCUUCUAUAUAUGGACAAGGCCGGGUAGCAUUUGAGACAGAGAUUCAGAUGCUAUCAAAGCUCAAGCAUACACAUGUGGUUUCCUUGAUUGGGUUCUGCAAGGAAAAGAAUGAGAUGACUUUGGUGUAUGAGUAUAUGGCAAAUGGGGAUCUAUCGAAGCAUCUCUUUGGCAGUGAUCUUCCACCAUUGACAUGGAAGCAGAGAUUAGAGAUUUGCAUAGGAGUUGCACGUGGGAUCAACUACCUCCACACAUGGGGAGAGGGUGCUAUAAUCCAUAGGGACGUUAAGACAUCCAACAUACUAUUGGAUGAGAACUUUGUAGCAAAGAUAGCUGAUUUUGGAAUAUCAAUAACAGAUACUUCAUUAUAUGAUCCCUUUUUUGGUUCUCUUGUGACGGGAACCGCUGGAUAUAUUGAUCCUGAAUACAAGAGAAGUCGGAAAUUGACAAAAAAGUCUGAUGUUUACUCUUUUGGUGUAGUAUUGCUUGAGGUUUUCAGUGGUCGGCCACUUUCUGAUGCACGCUUGUCAAAACAACGGGCCUACAAUAAAGGAUGGGAAUCACUUGAAACCAUUGUGGAUCAACGGCUUGAAGGGAGUUACUCUCAACAAUCAUUGAAGCAAUUGGGGCGGAUUGCAAGGAGAUGCGUUGCCGAUGCAAGUUGGGGCCGACCCACAAUGAUGGCAGUGUUGCUGGAGUUGGAGUACAUUUUUCAUGGAUGA